AUGUCACCUCCAGCUAUUAUUGCUCCAUCCAUUUUAUCCGCAGACUUUGCAAAAUUAGGGAAAGAAUGUUCUGAUACAAUUGCCCAAGGAGCAGAUUGGCUUCAUGUAGAUAUUAUGGAUGGGCAUUUUGUGCCCAACAUUACCUUCGGAGCUCCUGUUGUUACAAAGAUCAGAAGUCAUGUAGACCGACCAACAGCUAAACACGGAAAGGGAACAUUCGAUUGCCAUAUGAUGAUUGCUGAGCCAAAGAAAUGGGUAAAAGAAUUUCAAAAGGCUGGAUGUGAUCUUUACUGCUUUCACUACGAAGCUGCAAUCUCGAGCACUGCAGCGGAAAGUCCGGAAACCACGAGCGAAUUGAAGACAAGUCCAAAGGAAUUAAUCCGAUAUAUUCAUGACAAUGGAAUGUUGGCAGGAAUAGCAAUUAAGCCAGAUACAAAGGUUGAUGUGCUAUGGGAUAUUAUGGAGAACACCGAUGAGAAGGAACGACCGGAUAUGGUAUUGGUCAUGACGGUCCACCCGGGAUUUGGAGGACAAAAGUUUAUGGUAUCAGAAUUGCCCAAGGUCACCGAACUGAGAAAACGAUACCCAGACCUAUAUAUCGAAGUUGAUGGUGGAUUAGGCCCCGGAACAAUUGAACAAGCCGCAGAUGCUGGAGCAAACGUGAUUGUUGCGGGAAGUGCUGUUUUUGGUGCGAAGGAUCCCUCUGAAGUUAUUGCCAAGCUUCGAGAAGCUGUUGAUAGCAGGAGGGGAAAACUGUAA